ACAAGAAUUGCAUUCGUCAUUUAUCGCUCUUUGAAUUCUGUUGUAUUAUUUUGUGUGUGCUCGUUCCUAUAUAAGAAAUCAAAUAAAAUAUUAAUUGCUCUCUAAAUCAAACACAAAAGUCAAUCGAAAGAAAAAAUAGAUAAUUUCAAUUAAAAAGAAAGUAAAAUAAAAGAAAACAAAAAGUGUUAUUUUUAAAAUGUUUCGUUUGGGUACUUCACUUGUAAAAUCCACUGGCAACCUCACCAAGAACGAACUUCGAAGAUGUCUUGCCUCAGCUGCUCAAGCUCAACCCAAGCAUAAAUCCCCAGAAACCGACAAUGCCAAGAAACCACCAAACAUGUCGUUCAUGGCGAAUAUUUUCCGUGGACAAGUUGAGUCAUCUCAGGUCUUUCCCUAUCCAGAUGUCUUGAAUGCCGAACAAAAAGAAUUCACCAACAGUUUAAUUGAUCCUUUCGAGAAAUUAUUCUUGGAAAUUAAUGACUCAGUCAAGAAUGACGAACUUAGCCAAGUUGAACCAAAGACUCUGGACAGUCUGUGGGAGACUGGUGCCUUUGGUAUUCAAGUGCCAGCCGAUUAUGGUGGUUUGGGCUUGACAAACACCCAAUACGGUCGCUUGUGCGAAAUCAUCGGUGCCAAUGACUUGGGAGUGGGUAUUACUUUGGGUGCCCAUCAAAGUAUUGGAUUCAAGGGAAUUCUUCUGUUCGGUACGGACGAACAGAAGGCAAAGUACUUGCCCAUGGUUUCAACUGAAAAAGUAUAUGCUGCGUUUGCCCUAACCGAACCCAGUUCAGGAUCUGAUGCUAGUUCCAUCAGAUCGAGAGCUGUAAAGAGUGCCGAUGGUAAACAUUUCGUUUUGAAUGGAUCGAAAAUUUGGAUUUCGAAUGGAGGAAUUGCUGAUAUAUUCACUGUUUUCGCCCAGACCGAACAGGAAGAUCCAAAAACUGGAGAGAAGAAGGAUAAGGUGACAGCAUUUAUUGUGGAACGAGGAUUUGGUGGAGUGACCAAUGGACCAGCUGAAAAGAAAAUGGGUAUCAAGUGUUCCAACACAACCGAAGUCUACUUCGAAGAUGUGAAGAUUCCCAUUGAGAAUGUGCUCGGAGGUGAGGGACAAGGAUUCAAAGUUGCCAUGAACAUUCUGAACAAUGGACGUUUCGGCAUGGGAGCCACCCUCUCGGGAACAAUGAAGGAAUGCAUUAAGAAAGCCACCGACCACGCAAACAAUCGUCUUCAAUUCGGCAAGAAAAUCAAGGAAUUCGGAGCCAUUCAGGAGAAACUAGCUCGUAUGUCCAUGUACCAGUAUGCCACUGAAUCCAUGGCCUACACAAUUGCCCAGAACAUGGACAGCGGAAGCGUGGACUAUCACCUCGAAGCCGCCAUUUCAAAAGUCUUCGGUUCGGAAUCGGCGUGGUUUGUGUGCGAUGAAGCAAUCCAAAUUCUGGGUGGAAUGGGAUUCAUGAAGGACACCGGCCUCGAGCGAGUUAUGCGUGACUUGAGAAUUUUCCGCAUCUUUGAAGGAACCAAUGAUAUCCUUCGAUUGUUUGUCGCCCUUACUGGUAUUCAAUAUGCCGGCUCCCACUUGAAGGAAUUGCAGAGGGCAUUCAAGAAUCCAACAGCUAAUUUGGGUUUGAUCUUUAAGGAAUCAUCAAGGAGGGCGGCCCGCACUGUCGGUUUGGGUGGAACUGAUUUGAAUCAGUUUGUCUACCCAGAACUUCAACCCUACGCUAAGCAGACGGCAGAGUGUGUUGAUUUAUUCGGUCAGACAGUAGAAAGUUUACUCAUCAAAUACGGCAAGAACAUUGUCAACGAACAGUUUAUUUUGACACGUUUGGCUGAUGCUGCCAUUGAUAUUUAUGCAAGUGUUGUCACUCAAUCGCGGGCGACACGAGCGGCAAAUAUGAAUUUGCCAACAGCCGAACACGAACUGAUGCUUACAAAGGCCUGGGCUUUAGAGGCUUCCGAUAGAUGUCGCAAGAAUCUGGCGAAGACAACAAGUGGCGAGCAUUUGGAACUUUACCGAAAGAUGUCGAAUAUUGCCAAAACAGUCUGCGAUAAUGGUUGUGUGCACACAACACACGUUGUAGACCAAUAAGCUAUUAAAUGAUCCUAGUUAUCAUUAUUAUCAUCGAUAGACUCAUAUCAUUCAUCAAAAACAAUCUUAGAAUAAUUCCUCACCACAUUACAAGUUAGCCUUUAAGAUUCUCAGAGAUAAAAGUGUUUUUAGAGCGUAUUUUAUAUUUUUAAAAAAAUAAAAAAUGUUAAUUAUUUUUAA